AUGCAAGGCCAGUUCCGUAGAAGUAGACUGAAGCAUGGCAGCACCUGGAUUCCAUCCGCCUGCUAUGAUCACACUAUUGCCAAGUAUCCUGGCAGUAACGACGAUGCUCUUUACUCGGAGUCUAGAGGCAUGGCACUCUAUCCGGCUUUCUGGGAUGAAGAGCUCACGCAACCUGCAACACAUCAUGACGUCAUGUCGGCCGCGUUCGACAACGUACUGAGUGGUGAUAACAUUACGUUUUGGAGAAACUCGACAUAUCAUGUUAUUCAUUGCCUGUACGUAUGGGGUUUGGGUACUAAUGCACUUCAUCGAUACCUAGAAGGUGACCAAAGUGUGUAUGUCUUGUCCGAUGGAUCUAGCCCUCAGCAUACUUUGCAUUGCAGCAAUUAUAUUUUCGAUUAUAUACAUACGAGCCCCCCAAAGAAUAUUAGGAUCAUACCCCGUUUUGAUUACUGUGUUGGAAGAGAUGAGAAGCAGGAAGAAACGGUUGAAUAA